AUGUCGACUACUGACCAGACAUCAAGUACUGAUUCACUUCCACCUCAAGAUUGUCCUAUAGCUAGGCUGGCACGUAUCCCGCCUUAUCCCGCCCUACGCCUGAUACCGGCAGUUUCCGCAAAUUGCCUGUCUUGGUCCAUAGCGGUUUAUCUGGCGGGUUCUCACGCCUCUGUCCUCCUACCCCCUGCACUGCUGCACACUGCACGCCGCCGCCGCCGCUUCUACAGCUCAGCAGCCAUCACCCAGGCCACCACUACCCUCUACAACAUCUGUCCCAUCUUCCUCACCCAAAAUCUCAGCGCCUCAGUGGUCUGUGCGCCCCCAGCUUGCAGCAUCCUGCAGGCUGCCUCCCACCUCAUUCUACAACGCUUGCGCCCAGCACCAAGUUGUCUCUGUGUCCCCAGAACGCUGCCUGCACCAACCUGCUUCCCACCUCAUUAUCCUUGCCCACCACUGCCCUCUACAACACCUGCCCAAGUGAUUCACCACUUGCGGAUCGCACCAUUCAGAUCCACCAACGCCUGGUGUGGUCUACUUGCCUACGCCUACAGAAUCCUCACUUGGGGAUCGCACUAUUCAACUGUUUGUCCACCUGAAUCCUCACUUGGGGAUCGCACUAUUCAACUGUUUGUCCACCUGGUCCGUGCGCCCACUAUCACCCGGUCUCAGCUAAUCGCCUAUGCCUACAGAAUCCUCACUUGGGGAUCGCACUAUUCAACUGUUUGUCCACCUGAAUCCUCACUUGGGGAUCGCACUAUUCAGAUGUUGACUGUCAGGCCACCUGGUCUGUGCGUCCCCCUUGCCUCUCACUUCAUCAGCCUUGCAGUUCCCACUGACACCUCAUUUUAUCUAUAA